AUGGCGCCGCGCUCCCUUCUAAUCCUCCCGCGCCUAGGUCUCGUGGCCGCGCGCGGGCCUGGCCGCGCGGGAAUUCCUCCCGCGCUCCGAUUUGGCGCGCCAAAAUUGGCCGCCCUCGAGCUCGCGCUCAUCUCGCGCGCCUACGCGCCGCGUUCGCGCCCGCCUAGCGCCGCGAUGCGUGACUAUGCCCCUAGUCGCGGCGACGGGCUUCGCCCAGCGACUAGGCGCGCGUAG